CCGAGCCUCCAUUUUCCCGUUGGAUUCAGAUUUCACGGAAUUCCACGCCGGCGAAAUUGAGUCCACGGUUGAUUUCACACAGCUCUCUCUCUCUCUCUCUAUUAAUUCUACUCUAUGAAGUCCGAUCUUAUGAUGACGGAACCUUCACCGCCGUCCGAUCGGUCCACGUCGCCGGCCGAAAAGCAUCGCUGCAGGAAUGUAGUCAGCUUGAUAAAAGGGAGAGAAAUUUCUCCUCGAGCAAAGCACUUGCCUAGAAGCUUGUGGAAAGAAACUCCUAAAGUGAAAGCUGGUUCCUCUUCAGCUGUCCCUGAGUGCCAAACAACACUAGAUGCUAAGCGUGGCCUUCUUUCAUGGGUUGAAGCAGCGUCACUGCGUCAGUUGUCAGCCAGGUACUGUAAUUUAGUGCCUCCUCCAAGGUCAACCAUUGCUGCAGCAUUUAGUCCUGAUGGAAGAAUGGUUGCCUCUACACAUGGUGACCACACUGUAAAGAUAAUUGAUUGUCAAACUGGAAGGUGCUUGAAAGUCUUGAGUGGCCAUAGGAGGACACCUUGGGUGGUGAGGUUCCACCCUUCGCAACCAGAAAUAAUUGCUAGUGGGGGUUUGGAUCACGAAGUUCGCUUGUGGGAUCUUGACACAUCUGAGUGUAUAGGAUCACGUGACUUUCAUCGACCAAUUGCAUCCAUGGCUUUUCAUGCUACAGGGGAACUCUUAGUUGUUGCAUCAGGACACAAGGUGUAUGUAUGGAACUACAAAAAGCUGCAUUCAUCACCAGACAUUAUAUUGAAAACAUCUCGUUCACUUAGAGCAGUGCAUUUUCACCCUCAAGCUGCUCCAUUUCUUCUGACUGCUGAGGUCAAUGAUCUUGACUCUUCAGAUCCCUUUAUGACACCAGCGACAUCUUCAGGGUACUCGCAAUAUCCUUCUCCUGCUGUUUUCAUGGCAAACGUUCAUUCUAAUGAACACCUUAGUUUGGCUGCUGAAUUGCCACAUAUGUCCUUGCCUUUCGUCUUUGUAUCACAAUCUGUAGAUGAUCCAAGAAUAGAAUUGCGGGGUGAUGUGCAUGUUGGUUCAAGUAACGUGCAAGUCACAUCUACCUUACGCCAGUUCGAAUCAGAUGUAAAUGCAACAGAGCAGAGGAAUAGCACUGUUUCUCCCAUGGAGUCAUUUCCAUCAGUUCCAUCUUUUUCUCAUCUCAAUGAUGCAAUGGAAACCAAUGAGAUGCAUGCUGUAGGGCAAAGCCAGCCUGAAAACUCUAUUAGUGUAGAUGCUGCUAUUGAUAGACUGCCUGAAAAUAUAUCAAUUGCUGAACCUCGACAACUUCGUUAUAUUUUCCAUUAUAGAGAUCCAGCAUUUUGGGAGCUUCCUUUUCUCCAAGGUUGGUUAACGGGUCAAAGUCAAGCCAAUUAUCCCUCAAUGGUUCCUCUUAACAGUGUUGGGGUUGACACUUUGGGCCAACAUAAUUGUUAUUUUAAUUUAACACCACCUCUGACACCUGCUUUAGCAAUGCAAGGAAGCACCAGCCUAUCUGGGGUUUCUAGAGGAGCUGGUUUGCAUUUUCGCUUCUCAGUACCGGAAUCUGGGGAUAGUGCCGCUAUCGUAAGUGCCCUGCAUAAUGGGAAUGAAGUUCAUCCCAUUAUUAGCAGAAUCCAUUCUGAAGUUACUACAUCACUGGCUGCCACAGCAGCUGCAGAGUUACCAUGCACUGUUAAGCUAAGUGUAUGGUUGCAUGACAUAAAAAGUCCCUCUGCUCCUUUAACUGAUGAAAGAUGCCGCUUAACCAUUCCUCAUGCUGUUCUUUGCAGCGAAAUGGGCACUCAUUUCUCUCCUUGUGGGAGAUUCUUAGCUGCCUGUGUUGCAUGUAUGCUUCCUGAUAUGGAAGCCGAACCUGGACUACAAAGCGUAGUUCAUCAAGAUUCUGGAAUUGCAACAUCCCCAACGCGGCAUCCAAUUUCAGCCCACCAAGUCAUUUAUGAGCUUCGCAUUUAUUCGCUUGAGGAGGCAACAUUUGGUUUAAUACUUGCAUCACGGGCUAUUAGAGCUGCACAUUGUUUGACUUCGAUCCAGUUUUCACCCACGUCUGAGCAUAUAUUAAUUGCUUAUGGUCGGCGUCACGGCUCUCUUCUUAAAAGUAUCGUUAUUGACGGUGAAUCAACAGUACCUAUUUAUACUGUUCUUGAGGUUUACAGAGUUUCAGAUAUGGAACUCGUGAAAGUACUUCCUAGUGCAGAUGAUGAGGUUAAUGUUGCUUGCUUUCAUCCAUUUGCUGGUGGUGGUCUGGCUUAUGGAACCAAGGAAGGGAAGCUUAGAGUCCUCCAGUUUGAUAGUGUCAAAGGUCGAAACUGCUUUACAGAGGAAAAUAUGGCUUUCCUGGUAUAGUGAGCGAGGUUGUGUUACAUUCCUCAUUUAUAUAAUUCUUGGAUCCACGACAAUGUAGAUAUUGGAAUGUGCGUUGUUAACGAGCUUCUGCACAUACAGUAAACGCGCAUUCUGAAGUGCAAAGCAAGAUGAUGUGGUUAACCCCAUCAAAGGUGAAGCAGUCAGCCCCAUUUAAACGAAUGGUGGUGUUUAUGAAUCCAUGGGUGGGUGAUAGAAAGGGACAUGGUAGAUUCAUGUACAUAUAUUAACAAUGUCAGAUUAUAAAGAACAAGAAAAGGAAAAAAAAAACUUGUUUGAAUAUCUGUGAUCAUUCGAAAUCACUCCUCUUUUCCACGUAGCCUGUUAAAGAAUUUUCACCAUGAAUCCAUAUCUCGGAAGCCUUUGUUUGCUGAUUUGAAACAGUAGUGUGCGUUACAGUGAUAAACCUUUUCUUUUAAUCUUAUGCAU